AUGGGUGCUGAUAUCGCAAGUUAUCCAAACAGGAAUUGUGGAUGUCCCCGUAAAUCGAACCCCCCGAAUAUAUCACAAUCCUUUAAAGUUAGAGCCGGAAUUAAACUUCUAAACGCUGGUUUAUGUGCUUACUCCCUUGUACUCAUAGCUGGAGACGUCAGCCGAAACCCUGGACCUGCCAAUAUCUCUCAAGAUUCGCAGAAUUUUAGUGACAUUGGUUUUCCAAGUAACCGUGGACUUAAAAUUGCUCAUCUAAAUGUAAGAAGCAUAACUAAUAAGAUAGAUUCACUACGCCUUCUUUUACUAAAUAAUCCUUUCGAUGUCCUGACCAUCUCCGAAACCUGGUUAACCAAAAACAUAUCUGAUCCUGAACUAAAUAUUCAAGGUUAUUCCUUUGUCAGAAAUGACCGUAAAAGCAAAAAAGCUGGUGGGUGCAUGAUUUAUAUUCGUGAUGGCUUACCCUAUCGAGCACGGCCUGACUUGCAAGAUGAUAACAUAGAGUCUUGUGUCCUUGAACUCAAUCGGCCGAAAUGUAAAAACAUCCUCAUCUGGUCAAUCUAUCGAGCCCCUGAUGCACCAUUACCCAAUUUCAUCGAUACAUUAAAUUCAAAGAUCUCCUUACUUCCCCAGGACGUUGAACUAGUUUUACUCGGUGACUUUAACGUUGACGUCCUUGCCAAAAGAAAUACUUCUAGUCACAGCCUGAAACAAAGACUUAGUAUUUUUGCCAGUGCAAACAAUUUAAACCAACUCAUCGACACUCCAACGCGGAUAAACGAACUCUUAUCAACUGCAAUUGAUCUCUUGUUUGUUAAUAACAAACACCGCAUUGUAUCAAGUGGUGUGUUAUCGGUACAUAUCAGCGACCACUUCCUCAUUUACUGUGUUGUCAAGGCUGGUGUAACAAAGAGUCCUGGCAGAACAAUCGAAUAUACUUCCUACAAACAUUACUCUAAAGAAGCAUUUCUGGAUGAGCUCAGGAACAUAGACUGGAAUAUUGUUGAUGAAAUCCCCGAUAUUAAUACCGCAGUAAACUUUUGGAAUAAGCUGUUCUUAGAUGUUGCAGAACGUCAUGCCCCUACGAAACGAACUAGGAUAAAAGGUUGUCAUGUUCCUUGGAUGACAUCUGAGUUGAAAACAUCUAUGCAGGAACGCGACCGCUCUUUCCGUAAAGCUACCAAAUCUAAUUCUCCUUCUGACUGGUCCAAAUACAAAAGUUUGAAAUCCCACGUAAAUAGACAAGUCAAAAAGAGUAAGUCGGAAUACUACCUUAAUCUUAUUGAAAUCUCUAAAAAUAAUCCAAACACUCUCUGGAAACACCUCAAUGAAAUUACUUCACGUAAAUCGAGCUCGAACAUUUCAUGUAUUGAAGUUGAUGGAACUCCAUCUACCGAACCCAGGCAAAUCUCCGAAAUUCUUAAUAAUCAUUUUUCGACUAUUGGUUUAACACUCGUUAAUAAAUUUCGCACAGUUACGUCUACCAUCACCUCUGCCGUUUGUAAAGACCAUCUUGAAUCUGGCGUAAUGUUUGCUUUUGAUGUAAUCGAUGAGUGUUUUGUUAAAUCCAAACUAAAUAGUCUUAAAACAAACAAAGCUAUUGGUUUGGACAACAUCAGUGCCAGAUUGCUAAAGGACUCCGCUGACGUUAUCACAACAAGUUUGACUAAACUUUACAACCGGUCAUUAGCAACCUCCGUCUUCCCAGCU